AUGCUGACCCACCUGUACUCUACCUUCGUGGACCUGAUGAAAGCCUUCGACAUGGUGAAUCGUGAAGGACUGUGGAAGAUCAUGCAGAAAUUCGACUGUCCGGAGCGAUUCAUUCAGAUGGUGCGUCAGCUGCACGACGGUAUGAUGGCGCGAGUCACGGACAACGAAGCUGUCUCAGAGGCAUUCGCAGUGACCAACGGAGUGAAGCAGGGCUGCGUACUGGCGCCUACUCUCUUCAGUCUUAUGUUCCCUGCCAUGCUGAUGGACGCCUACCACGAUGAACGCCCCGGGAUCCGCAUCGCCUACAGGACAGAGGGCUACCUUCUGAAUCAACGGCGAAUGCACUUCCAACCGCGCGUCUCCACAACCACCGUUAACGAACUUCUCUUCGCCGACGACUGA